GAAAGCUACAACGCGCAGUCGUACGGCGCGCUCAUACCCGCAGCAUCUUCCGAGCAGGACGUCCUCCGAACGCAAAACGUAUAAAUCCCUGUUGCCGACGACGAGAAUCCUGCUGUUCUGACCCCAUCUGUGCUGCUCGUGUACCACCCGUGAUCGGCUCGACUGCAGCCACACCCAGAAUUCAGCGCAUGAGGCCUCCGCAAGUGGUGAUCAACGUCCGCACACCUGAGGGCUCUCCGCGUACCUCGUCGGAUUUCGAAGAAAUCCAGUACCCUACAACGGAUAGUUCAAACUGGUCCGCUCCUUCUCACCGAGAGGAGGAACUACCGCUGCACUACAUGACUGAGGACACCGCUCGCCGCAGGGUCGCCAGGGGAUUGAGCGGAAACGGCGCGUACAAGGAACAUGUAUACGACUCCCAGAAAGAGUACGAGAUUUAUGACGACGAAGGGAAGGAUGUGUACUCUAAAAUGAAGGAUCUGAAAAGCCCUCUGGGCAGUGGACGUCUGCGCCGUCCACCACCGCCCCCUCCUACCACAAUAGGAGAGUUCAUCCAGCAAAACCUCGAACACAUACCCCCAAUAGUAUACACGCUUCUUUCGUGCUGGACGCGCUUCCACAAGAUCGGUCAUUCCAACCUCGUCAUCUGGGAUGAGGCGCACUUUGGGAAGUUUGGCUCUUUCUACCUGAAGCGCCAAUUCUACUUCGAUGUCCAUCCGCCACUGGGCAAGAUGCUUGUCGGUCUUGCAGGCCUGUUGUCAGGUUAUGAUGGGCAGUUCGACUUCGCAAGUGGAGCGACCUACCCGGAGUCCGUCCCAUACGUGGCUAUGCGUGUAAUGAUGGCGAUCUUCGGAGUGGCACUAGUCCCUUUAGGCUGGUACACGGCUGUCGAGCUUGGUAUGACCUGGAAGGCAUGCCACCUGGUAGCUCUAAUGGUUCUCCUUGACGUUGGCUGGCUGUGUAUCUCUCGAUUCAUCCUCUUGGAUUCUAUGCUACUGUUCUUCACAUUUACAACGGUCUUCUGUCUGUCGAAGUUACACAAUCAACAAUAUCAGUCUUUCUCGCCUGAUUGGUGGUUAUGGCUUACGCUGACAGGCGCAUCGAUAGGAUGUGUCACAAGUAUCAAAUGGGUGGGCCUUUUUGUGACGACACUGGUUGGUCUGUACACAAUUGAAGACCUCUGGGAGAAGUUUGGUGACCUUCGAAUGUCUACGCGCGACCAAUUGAGACAUUGGGGUGCACGCGUCGCAUGCCUUAUCGUCCUUCCUUUCCUGCUGUAUCUGAGCUUCUUCAAAAUCCACUUCAUGAUUCUGAACCAUUCGGGUCCUGACGAUGCGAAGAUGAGCUCUUUGUUCCAGGCGAACCUCAUUGGGAACACGUUCUCCCAGAAUCCGUUAGAGGUUGCGUACGGCUCGAAGAUUACUCUCAAGAACAUGGGUUGGGCAGGCGGUCUGCUUCAUUCUCAUGUUCAGACGUAUCCGGAUGGUUCCACACAACAGCAGGUUACGUGCUAUCAUUAUAAGGACGACAACAACGACUGGGUAGUCCUUCCACGCUGGGACGAGCCAUUAUUGAAUCCAGAGGAUCCGAUCAAGUUCCUCGGCGACGGUGAUGUCAUUCGUCUAAACCACGUUCCGACGAAACGCAACCUUCACUCUCACUCUAUUCCGGCUCCCGUGUCCAAGCUGAACAACGAAGUCUCUGGAUAUGGGAACGACGUUAUCGGCGACCUGCAUGAUUACUGGGUCGUGGAAGUCGUCGACGACCUGCGCCGCGGCAGCAAGAGUCAUGUCGACAAGAUACACUCGCUCACGACCCGUCUUAGGUUCCGUCAUCAGGCGACUGGCUGUUACCUUCGAGCUGGCAAUGAGAUAUUGCCUCAGUGGGGCUUCAGGCAAAUUGAGGUCAGCUGUGUCAAGGAGAACAACCCCAGCGACAUUUACACAUAUUGGAACGUGGAGACGCACAUUAAUGAUCGACUGCCGCCGGGCGACAGCAAGUUCUACAAAUCAUCGUUCUUAAGGGACUUCUGGCACCUCAAUGUGGCCAUGAUGACGACCAACAAUGCGCUCGUGCCUGACCCAGACAAGGAGGAUAUCUUAGCGUCCAAGCCCCUCGACUGGCCAUGGUUGCGCCUAGGAUUGCGUAUGUGCGGAUGGGGAUCCAAUCAGGCAAAAUACUAUCUCCUCGGCACACCGGUGAUCUGGUGGGGUGGGACAUUGAGUCUGCACAUUGCUGCGAUCGCAUUCGGGACAUACCUCGUACGCAUGCAACGGAAAUACGUGGAUAUGGAAACAAGGGAUUGGGAUCACUUCUUGUAUGUCUGCAAGAUUGCUGGAAUCGGCUGGUUGCUGCACUUCGUUCCCUUCUUGAUCAUGGGUCGUGUCACCUACGUGCAUCACUAUUUGCCCACGCUGUACUUCUCAGUCUUGAUGGCCGCUCAUGUGCUCGAUCAUUUCAUCUUCACUUCUCGCCGUCUAACCGAGCGUACGAAGUGGGUAGUAUUUGGAGUCAUAGUAUUUCUCAUCGUCGCCACCUUCUGGUGGUUCAAGGGAGUAGCCUUCGGUAUCGAUGGCCCUAUUAAUGACCAUUGGGGUCUCAAAUGGCGUUCUACUUGGAAUAUCUACGAAGAGUAAAGAGGGCGUCAGGAUAUCUUGUUGCUGUUUUAAUGUGUUAUAGUACUUGCUGCAAUCAUCAAUGCUGUAUGUGUCGGACACGUCACAAUACACUGCACACCAACGAUAUGGAGAGCACUGAAAGCAGCCUCAACAGUGCAUUGAUAAAAUCACGGCCGGGCUCCCCAGCCAGCUAAUCUACGGUAAAACAACAAAUAUGCACAUCGAUCGUCCCGUUCCAUUCCACCAAAUACAUCCUCAGGUCGAACAUCGGAAACAAGCUCGUCGUCUAUCCGUAUCCAAGCCGGCCGCGGCCUGUCGCUCAGAUCCCGGUUUGGAUGUAGAACGUCAAGGGUGUAAUGCCCCCCGGACGCCGAU